UUUGCAUUCCAAACGUCAAACUUUAGUGAUUUACAUACCGGUAGCUAGUGAUUCCGAAAUGUCUAUGUAGAUAGUGGAUAUCAAUAGCAUUUUUGGUAUUGCAUCAUGUAGCUAUGUACGACUGUGUAGGUACUACCUAGUACAUACUACAUAGGAGGUGGGUUGUCUAUACAACUUAGCAUAGGAGGGUCCUAGUAUUCGAAGCCCAAGAUCUACAUAUAUCAUUGAUAGGUAUCAGAAGAAUACUUCCAACUGGGCUUGUAAAACCCGGAUGAGUCAAAACCCAGUUGACACGAGUUAGGCAUCCUUACGGUGACACCUCCAAGACGUUAAUUGGUACUUAUACAGUUGAAGCGUAAAGCUUGAAGCUUGCUUCAUAGGUCAGACGGUGAUGACGUAUUUAACCUUGAACCAGUCCAAAGCCUCCUACGCGUUCCUGCCAAAGGUGAUAGCACUUUAGUAAAGGCUGUGCCCUGUGAUAGGUACGUAACUCGGACGCUACGCGCACUCUAGCCAAGUCUAACUCUUAAUAAAUUGGCAUGCCUUUCUUCACUUCUACCUUCCAAGCCCAACUUUGUCUCGUCCUGCAUCAACAUAAACUACUACAACAACUCCUGUACCCUUCCUCCUUGUGUUACUCUGCAAACAGCAAGCACUUCAAAAGACCAUCUAAUAGACGUUUAUUCCACAUCACCACAUCCAUCAGAAUGCCUACCUACAUUGUCACCUGCAAGUCGGACGCGACCCCUGAGCAAGUAGCUGCAGCGAAGAAGCACGCUCAAGACCAGGGCGGCAAGAUCGGCCAUGAAUACAAUCUCAUCAAGGGCUUCUCGGUCACAUUCCCCAAUGAUGCCAUUUCUACGUUAGAGUCUAGUGAGCAUGUUCAAGCUGUCGAGUUGGACCAAGAGGUGAAGGCUUUUUGAAUACCUAGCUAGGGUAGAUUCGACCUGGGUCAAUAUCAUUUCGUGAUGACGAGUGAGGGGCAAUCAGGCAAUGGGGGAUCAUGGCACGAGCGACUUUCAGCAAGCGGGAGCGAGCACUCGAUGCGGGGUUCUGAGGUUAGUGUCUUUUGUGAUACUUACAUAGGUACCUACCUCAAUUACGUACAAAGCUUGACUUGACUUGACUGGGCUUGGCUACAUACUAUGCAUAUCUAGCGUAUAUGUAGAACUUGAAGCUGCAUCGAUAUGUAGUGCUUGCCAAGGAACAAGCUGAGAAAUGCCUAACCGUUUUAAACUUAUUUAUCCUUCAUAUGACUGGCUUAAGUGUAAAAUGGAUUAAUUGAGGUGUU